AUGUCGAGUAUUCAACAUCUUGUCGAAGCGAACCGUCCAGGACUACAGCAGUAUGAGGCGUUGUACAAAAAGCUUCAUGCUAACCCAGAACUGUCGCAUCAGGAGCGCGAGACAUCAGCAUUGAUGGUAAAACACCUGCGAGGACUGAGCGAUGAGCUCGAUAUCAGGACUGGCAUUGGCGGCUUCGGGCUGAUCGCCGUGCUACGCAACGGCGAAGGUCCAGUUGUAUUGGCCCGCGCCGACAUGGACGCACUGCCUGUGGCCGAGCAGACUGGACUCGACUAUGCUAGCACCAAGUAUGCUACUAGGGGAGAGAAGGAGACACCUGUCAUGCACGCCUGCGGCCACGAUGUCCACACUGUGUGUCUGCUCAUAGCUGCAGAGUCGCUCAUCAGCGCCAUGGGCCAGUGGACUGGCACCGUUGUGUUCCUCUUCCAGCCAGCAGAAGAGACAGGUGACGGCGCACGCGGGAUGGUCGACGACGGCCUCUAUACGCGCCAUGGAUGUCCUGUUCCGGAUAUUGUUCUUGGACAGCACGUUGCCCCCAUCCGUGCCGGCGUCGUCGCCUCGAAAUCUGGUGCCAUCAUGAGCUCCUCGGACAGUCUGAAGGUCACGGUGUUCGGUCGCGGCGGCCACGGAAGCAUGCCGCAUCACUGUGUCGACCCGAUAGUCAUCGCCAGUCAUAUCAUUGUACGUCUACAGACUAUCGUCAGUCGCGUCGUUGCCCCGGAUGACGUAGCCGUUAUCACUGUGGGAAGCAUACACGCCGGUGAAGCCGAGAAUGUCAUUUGCGACCGUGCGACAUUCUUACUGAACAUCCGCACAUUGAGCAAACCCGUCCGAAAGACAGUUCUGGAGCACGUCAACCGCGUCAUUCAGGCGGAGUGCGAUGCAGGAUUCUGCGAGAAGCCCCCACUCAUUGAGCACCAUAUGAGCAUCCCGGCGACAGUGAACGCGGUGGAAGUUGAAGCCAAGAUGCGUCAAACCAUGGCGGAUGUGUUUGGUCGAGCGUUCGUGACGGCGCCUCAAAGCGCUCUGGCAAGUGAAGACUUCAGCAUACUUGCCGACGCAGUCGGGAAGCCGUAUGUUUUCUGGCUUUUCGGUGGGACGGAGGCUAGUUUGUACGACUCGAUGGCCGUCAGUGGAGAGUUGAGCAAGCUGCCGAUAAAUCACAGUGCGCAGUUUGCUCCGGACAUGUCGGUCAGUUUGCGAACGGGUGGCGAUGCGAUGGUGGCGGCGGUGCUCACGUUCUUGACGUUGCGGGACUGA